AUGUCAUUGCCCGUCCGGAUCUGUUACUACGGGAUGUGGGGAGCAAGCGGAGGCUGCGAUGACUAUCUGCCGGAGAACAUCCCCGCGGGGACGUUGACGCAUAUCAAUCUGGCCUUCGAAUAUGUUAGCGAGGAUCACGAAAUCACCGAUGAUAGGGGUCCUAUUGCUGCUCGGAUGUCGCGUCUCAGGAGGAAGUACCCCGGCCUGUGGGUCAAUAUUGCGCUUGGCGGAUGGGUGUUCAAUGAGCCCCCUACCCAGUAUCGGUUUUCGCGAAUGGCAUCGAGGCAGACUACCAGAACUACGUUCUCCUUUGUACAGCUAUCCGUGCCGCCUUCGACCGAGAGGACCCAGGCUUGCAGUUAA